UCAACCACAAGUGUUCAACGCCCUCUAUCGCUACAGACCUGGCGAGUUUAAGCCUAAGCUCUUUCCGGCCUUCAUUAUGGAAACAUAGAAGUGUGCAUGAAAUAGGAAUAUUAAUAUGCUGUUCUUGACGUUACUAAUUUGAGGGCGACGAUGAUUAUGUCGCUUUACAUAUCAAGCUGUCCUCCGUUCUCAAGGGGAUGCCAUGUUGCCAGUGUUUACUGAAGAGCGUGAUGAAAAAUGGGCGGGAGCCUCUCGUGCUGUUCUGCGCCGAGCCCCAGGCCCCACCGUAAGAAGGACAGUGCCGACCCACCUCACUCCGAGGAGAGUGCCUCAAAUCUGCAGCACAUUAGUGAAAGGGAACCAGAAGAUUUCGAUCAGGACCCCUCAACGCACCCGACAGCUGGCCCACUUUUUAUGCAACGAUCAAAAAGUGAUGUCAGAAAUCGCAAGGAGAAGAGGCGAAGUCAAAUUGACCUCCAGGAGAAGGCCCCUCUGAAGAAGUCGAACUCGUGCUCAACCAUCUACUUGGAUGACAGUACUGUAAGCCAGCCCAAUUUGCGCUGCACCAUCAAGUGUGUCACGCUAGCCAUCUACUACCACAUUCGGGAUCGAGGUGGCCAGCAGCGCACCAUUGACAUCUUUGAUGAACGGUUACACCCUUUGAGCAAGGAGCCUCCAGAGAUGCGUGACCCUGACCACAGGACCAUUUACCGCUUUGUGCGCACCCUCUUCAACGCAGCCCAGCUGAGUGCAGAGUGUGCCAUCAUCACACUCGUGUACCUCGAGCGACUGCUCACUUAUGCCGAGAUGGACAUUUCUCCCUGCAGCUGGCGACGGGUUGUCCUCGGUGCUGUUCUGCUUGCCUCCAAGGUGUGGGAUGACCAGGCUGUUUGGAAUGUUGAUUACUGCCAGAUCCUCAAAGAAAUCACAGUGGAGGAUAUGAACGAGCUUGAGCGACAGUUUCUGGAGCUGCUUCAGUUCAACAUCAAUGUGCCGGCUAGUGUGUAUGCCAAGUACUACUUUGACCUCAGAACCCUGGCUGAUCACAAUGAACUGGCUUUUCCGUCAGAGCCACUCAGUAAAGAACGGGCGCAAAAACUUGAGGCUAUGUCAAGGGUGUGUGAAGACAAGCUGGGUGAACUCCAUAGGAAUGGCUUUAAAAAGUGGUCCAGCUUGGAUAAUGUGAACAAUGUCUCUGUUCGCCGAAGCACAGCCAUUCUGUCCUGAUGUUACUGUCCGUAUUUGCUUCCCUUUGUCAAGUCCUUGCCAAACACAACCCAAUGUUAAGUAUUUUUUAUACACGUUUUCUUUCCUGCGACGGUGCUGAAAUUGAACUAAUGCUUAGUUCACACUGAAACAUCCGCUUU